GUUCCAGUUACGACAAAAGUGCGCAGGUUGGACAAAAGCUGUAGCUUUAUAACACACCACACAGCUGGUCUGACAAUAACAGCGACGGAAAGCGCUCGAUGCCUCCAUCAUCCGCGCCGGGAGGACCUUCAUCAAGCUUUAACAGAGCCACAGACAGGAGCUGAAGAUGAAGCGAACAUGAUCAGCGCGGAUGAUGGCCCCUCUAAAAGCGAGGAGACCCGGGACACCGGGCAGAGGAGGACGCGUCCGCUUGAAACGCUGCACCUUCUGUCAGCCGUGGUGGUGUGGCUGGUCACGGGAACCACCAUCUCCAGCCUGAACAAAUGGAUCUUUGCGGUGUAUAACUUCAGAUACCCUCUCCUCCUGUCGGCUCUGCACAUGCUCACGGCCAUAGUCGUAGGAGUCGUAAAGUACUGGUUUGUCCGAAACCAAGGCGUGGCAGAGCAGGACCUGACCUCCAGCGCCAAGUGCAAAGUGUUCCUGCUGAGCCUCACCUUCUGCGCCAGCAUCGCCUUCGGAAACGUCGGGCUCAACUACGUGCAGCUGUCCUUCGCACAGAUGAUCUACACCACCACGCCGAUCUUCACUCUGGCUAUCUCGUCUCUGGUGCUUGGCAAACAGCACCACGUCCUCAAAUACACGGCCAUGAUGCCCAUCUGCCUCGGGGCUUCGUUCAGCAUCAUGGGCGAGGUGCAGUUUGAUCAGACGGGCUGUCUGUUCGUGCUCGCCGCCACCAUGCUACGGGGAGUAAAAAGCAUCCAGCAAAGCAUUCUGCUCCAGGAGGAGAAGAUCAACUCUGUCUUCCUGCUCUACCUAAUGGCGAUCCCCAGUUUCUGCAUCCUGGCUGUGGCAGCUCUGGUCCUGGAGAACUGGGCUGCUCUUCAGUCGCCCCACCACUACGACGGCCAUCUGUGGGGCUUCAUAGUGCUCAGCUGCCUGGGCUCUGUGCUCUAUAACCUGGCGAGCUGCUGCGUGAUCAGCCUCACGUCUGCCGUCACGCUGCACAUCCUGGGCAAUCUGAGCGUGGUGGGAAACCUGCUGCUCUCCCAGCUGCUCUUUGGCAGUCAGCUUUCUGCGCUGAGCUGCGCCGGGGCCGUGCUCACACUCACCGGCAUGAUCAUCUACCAGAAUUCGGAGUUCAUCGUCGCAUAUGUGGAUGCCCGCCGUGCAAGAGCCUCAAAUGGCAAGAUCUGCACUGAUGAGGCAGAACCUUAUUCAGGAUGCACUUAUGAGACGUCUUCAUGUUUAGAUCCAUCUGAGGAGCCAUCUUUAGAACUUUCCUCAGACAUAUGCCACUCUACUGAGCCAUCUCUAGAACUAUAUGAUGAUUCUGACCCAUGGGAAGAACUAUACAAUGAUCUAGAACCACCUCCAGUAAUAGAACAUGACCUAGAAGCAUCUCCAAAACGGUACCAUGACCUCCAAACACCUCCAAAAUUGAAUCAUGUUCAAGAACCACAUCCAGCACUUGAUCAUGAUCUAGAACCAUCUCCAGAUCCACGCUAUGACUUCCGACCCCCUCCAAAACUGUACUGUGUCCAAGAACCACAUACACUUGAUCAUGUCCUAGAACCAAAUCCAGAACCGUGCCAUGACCUAGAACCAUUCUCAGAACCACCUCCAGCAUUAGAUCAAGACCUAGAACCAUCCUCAGAACUAAUUCAAGACCUAGAAACAUCCUCAGAAGUAGUUCAUGACCUAGAACCAUCUUCAGAACUAGACCAUAAGCUAGAUUCAUUCUCAGAACUACACCAUGACCUACAACCAUCUUCAGAACUAGACCAUGAGCUAGAACUAGCCUCACAAGAAGUACAUGGUCUAGACCCAUCCACAGAAGUAGUCCAUGACCUAGACAUAUCCUCAGAACUAGUCCAGGACCUAGAACCAUACUCAGAACUAGUCCCUGACCUAGAAACAACCUCAGAACUAGUUCAUGACCUAGAACCAUCCUCAGAACUAGUCCAGGACCUAGAACCAUACUUAGAACUAGACCAUGAUCUAGAACCAUCAGAAGUAGUUCAUGACUUAGAACCAUCUUUACCACUAGACCAUGAUCUAGACCCAUCUUCACCACUAGACCAUGAUCUAGAACCACCUCCAGCACUAGACCAUGUCAAUGACCUUGUCCAUGACUUAGGACAUUCAUUAGAACUGUAUGUUGACACUGAGUCACCUCAAGAAUCCUCUAUUGAAGGCUACAUUGACGUAGAACCAUCAGCAGACCUAGAACUGUUUCCACAACUAGCUCUAAAAUCUGACAGGAGGACAGAGAUAGGGUUCCAUGAAAAGAUGGACUGAGGACAGAAAGACAAACUGGAAAUCGUAAGUUAUGGUCCUUCCUCACAUGAAGUUCCGAUGAAUCCUAUCUGGAGGUUUAACUGGUUUUUCUUGUGAGCUCUUGUGACACAUAAUUACUCCUUUUCCACCAACAUGGUCCGAGUGUCUGUUCAGGGAACCUCUUUUAGGGAACCAUAGCCAGGUUUUGACUCCUUUUACGAAAACAUAACAUAGAAAUAACCAUUGUGGGUCAUGAGUUGCUUAUGUUGUUCUCAUGGCGACAGUGUGACCAUAUGCAUGCUACUUAAUGUCGCUGGUUCUAUUUGGCCAGCUAGGAACUUGUGUAAAGCACAGAACGGUUCCAUCAGCACCAGUACCAGGUUGGUGGAAAAGUGCUAAAUGUGUUUUGAGCCACAGUACCGGUACCUCCUUACUGUGCCAAUAGGUUUCAGUUAUCUCCAAGCUCACAAAGCUCUGAGACUCUAACUUUGCAUAUUACCUCCAUUUUGGUUAAAUACACACCGGUUGGCAUAAACACUCCUGCAUGAGUGACUGAUCUUUAUCUCCACUGUGAAGCCACAACGCAGGUGUCUGCGGGAUUCUGGGUAACACCGGCAUUCAGCAGGUCGCCUAUGAACUGCUCAAGCACUUUUUUUUUGUUUUAAAAAAACUCAGUGGUUACAAAUGAAGAAAUGACCGCUUUGGUGGUUUGAGGUACUGUUCUUCUCGUUCUGCUAGUCUGGAAGGGGCUUGUAAAGGCAGCUCUUGUAUGUCAGGUGUUUGUUACAGAUUUUUUUUCUCAAGCUUACGUUUACAUAAACUGCACACUGGUGAGAUCAUCUCCAUUUCUGUUUAGUUUACAGUAAGGAUGGACAUUUAGGAAAACUGACAGGCCUGACGUUUGUGGGUGUAUCCGUAAAAAAACAAAACAAACAAAAAAAAAAAAAACCUGACAUUUCUACCUAGAUAAAUUAAACUGUUUAAAGAAAACAGCCAUGAGCAGGUUUACUCACAGGCUUGGGAUUAAACAAACAGUCUGACAAAUAUUUAAAAGUGUUCCCCUUACUGCAAACAUACGAUUAGUGUAUGCAGAUUGCUUCUGAAGCUAUGAGGGAAAUGUUAGAAAAUAAUGGAAGUCUGUUUCACCCAAAAAUCCUUUUAUCAUAAACACAUUGCCAAAUUGUCUUACACUCACUUCAAAAGAUAUUGUAAAGUAGGAAGUUGCUAAUUUUUCAAUAACAGCAUGUCCUGAAGUGUUUUAUUCUUUUUAUACCAUAGCACUUUGUCAGUGAUUACAAUUAUUAAUUUACUAAAGAACAAAACAUCAUAUAUUUUUUAUCCGUUUAUAGAUACAUUUCUGUAACUUUCGUGGGACGUUAGUUCUUGUUAGCAUGUGAAAAUAUAACAUUAUUAUAUUAUUAUAUUAUACAUUAUAAUGGUAUAAAAUAGUUGUUUUCUCACUAGCCUCUCUUUUUUCUCUCUCAAAGUUGAUAAGACAAAGAAAACCACAGGUUGUCACAUUACAGAGAGACAGAAAAGCGUAAACUCCUCUGUCCUGAACACUUUCCUGUGGCAGAAAACUUACUGUUACAAAACUGACACUGGAGACUCCUUCCAUAAAUGUUAAAUAAACAUCUCCUUACAGAAAGCUUCAAUUUAUCUGCUAUACAAGUCCCUGUGAUUGAGCGGUUACUAUAGAAAUGAUAAGGUAUUAGAAAAAGUGCAUUAACAUUAACCUGUGAUUUGAGAAAUCGAAAAUUAAUCAACACACCCUGACCAAUCAGAUUUGAGAAUUCAACAGCAAUGUUGUUUAGGCUCAAAUAGCAGGCAGAGUGCAUAUUUACAAAUUCAAGUUUAAAGUGUCACCAUAUUAUUACGUCAUAAAUUCCAGCUUUCGUUUACAAUUCUGCUUGCAAUUGUUGUAAAGCGGGGCUUAGAGGGGCGUGUCCUCAUCGGUGUGCUUGUAAUGUUACAUACAACCCCGCCUCCAAAGUGAUUGUCCAAAAUGGCCGCCUCCAUAACAUUCAAUCAUUCUGUGAUGCUAUGAAGUUUUGUUUGUGUUUAUAGAUGACAGAAAGUCCUACAGUCUCCUAAACCACACCAGCAGGUCUGUGUGACAUCACCGAAGAGCUGGAAGUGGUUUGAGGCAGAAGUGUGCAGAAAAAAUGUUUGGGGUGACAUAGACUUCCAUUAUAUUAGCCUCACAGCUUAAGGGCAAAACUAUAGAAACAAUGGCCAAUGUCUUUACUCACUAAAGAACAGCUGGAACAUGUUAUAUAAUCCUCAUUACGGGGUUUUAUUAUUAGACUUGGCCUGUGUCUCUAAGGAUAUUCGGAUGUCUUUAGCACAGCCGGAAUGAACACCGAAACAGAAAUGGCUUUGUGUUUGUCCCUCAAAAGGUUUUGUGUGGGUGCUUUUUGUCUAUGCGACGUUUUCCUUGAUGUUUGUUCUCAGUAUUACUCAUGGUGUUGGGAUUUUUCCUGCUGUAUUUCUUACUCAGACAGCAACACCAGUAGAGGUCAUAUUUGGAAGCAGUGUGCAGUGGUACGGUCACACACUCACAGCUGCGUGUAUGUCGUCAUCUGCUGGACGGAGAGUGGAAGUCAUUCUUAUUUAUUUUUGCAUUUUAUUCAAUGUAAAUUGCACUGGUCAUUACAAGGACCAUUUUAGCUUGAAGUGGAUUUAUAUCAGCGUCGUUUUCAGGAGUCAGUAGGUAGUCUUACCUUAGUGUUUACUCAGUUUGGUAACAGAGCUGACAGCGAUCCCAAGGUCGUGUUACAAUAAGGACCUGAGAGCGCAGUCAACUCGGAGAACUUGAAAAUUAUAUCGUUAAAGUCACGCUGAAUUAGUCAUGUGCCAAUCAUUUGUUAUAACCUACGAAGAGUUUCAUCCCAAAAUGGAGUCUGUUUGUUUUUUUGGACAUUUUUGGUAAUUAUGGAUUUUAAAAGUAGAGCCACUGGACAAGUAUUCCAUAUCAUAACCAUGAGCAUGUGUAAGGACACGCAUACAAUAAUGCCAAUCUACUGCGAACACGUUUUUAUAUCUAAACAAAGGAAUGUUGGCCAAACUGCAAUAUACUGUAUAUCCAUCUGAAACAAUAAGGAUUAAAGAUAUCUAUUGGGGUUUCACAUAAAAUAAAUAAUAAAUAAUGAUGGGAAAUCAGUUAAAGUUUCUAGCAUAAUAAAAAUUAAUAUACAGAACAGUCAGCAGUAUCAGUGCAGUUAGAACAGCAGUAUCUUUCAGAGCGAAAGAAAUACAUAAUAAUUGAUCAUUUUUUUCCGAUGCUGCUGCUGCUUACAUCAGGCUCAAUUUCAAACAAAAAAUUUUAAAUGAUCUACUAAUUAAUUAUCUAUUAUAUCUUUUAUCUGCACUAAUUAUCUACUGAACUCUUCAGGCUGCAUUAAUGCAACUGUAAAGGAUUUAAAUCUUUUUAUUUUUCACGCUGAUAAAGCUAGAUGAAGCUCUCAGGAACGGAGGUCUAAUUCUGCUGGAAUGUAUCACGCUUUGUUCACACACACGUGAUGGAUAACAUAUUUCGCAAAAAAAAAAAAAUAAUUGUGCUUGUAACGCUUGUGUUGUAGUGAACCAUCAGCAUUCAGUAACAUUGCGAAGAUGUUGAUUUGGCGAAACAAAAAUGUCACUUAGGAAACAAAGUCUCCAUGUACAGAGUGCAGAGUGAGGGGCCGUGAUAUGGUAGCAAUAUCGUAUCAUGAUUCCUGAAGACUUUUUCUAAUGAUAAAAACUGAUAAACAAAAAUAAAUUAUUUUUAAAAUAGGUUGCUCUUAGUACAAACAGAUUUGGACGAUGUUGUACUGAAGAAACUCAGGAGGCUCUCAGAUGUCAUCAUUUAUCACUAUAAUGAUGAAUAUAUCGUCAUAUCACACAGCCCUACAGCUUCAGUACGUCAUGUACACGGCCAGAGAUAAAGCCUCGAAUGGAUACAUUUGCGAGAAGAUCCAUGGAAAAUCAGUGCUUUGUGUCUAAUCACGUUUUGUUAGAGAAAAGAGGAAAACGUCGUGUGCUUGGCAACGGUCAUCUCAUGCCUCUGACUCAGUGUUUACGCCUCCUCAGCUGAACGUGACUGUAUGGUGGAUUUGCUGUGAGUGAUUAGUUUGGAGUUAAAUACCUCAUUAAUAUUCUUCUUCUUCUGUUAAAAGCUCCUUCUUCAUAUCAUGGCAUCAAAACUGCUUGUUGUACAAGUCAGAGGAUUUACAGAUAAAGCAGUAGAGAAAUAAAACGUCAUUCUCAGUCACACGGUUAUGAAUAAAAAGCGUAUCAAUAAAAAAAGCAAUAGAAAAAGCCGUCGACUUGGUUAUUACAUCAUGAGAAUUAGUUUCAGGGUUUUUUUUUUUCUUUUCGUUCGUCAGUGGAUUGUCCACUUCUCAACAGUUUUCUUCUUCAAUAGCGCACUGUUGAUCCAUGUCUCUACUGCUUUAUCUGCCUGUCCUCUGAUUUGCCCUUUUAUAAAUGUAUUCAUUAACAGAUUAUUGAUUGUCCUUUUUUGUUUUAUGAGGCGAAUGAAGUACUGAUUGAGAAGGACGGCCUCGGGUUUAGGGUUUAGAAGAAGAACACAGUGUGGAAUUAGGGAAGGUCAGAGGUGUUGCUGGAAAAUGUUCUUCAGUGACUUAGAGCAGAGUUUCUCAAUCCAGCAUGUCCUCCUUCAGCUGCACACACACACACACACACACACAGAUGCUGUAGGUAGGUAGAUCUAUAUCAGAAGGAGUUUUUCAGGAACUAAAGAGUUCUGGAACAUUUUUCAGGAAAAGGGAAGAGUUUCAGAACCCUUUUCAGAACUGAAUAUUUCUUGAACUUUUUCACUAACUGAAUAGCUCUAAAACAUUUUCGGGAAUGUAAGAGUUCUGCAUUUUUUUUUUCAGGAACUGAAGAGUUCCACAACCUUUGUCAGGAACCAAAUAUUUCUGGAACUUUUUGCAUUACCUGAAAAAUUUUGGAAUUUUUUUUUCAGGAACUAAAGUGUUUUGGAAUAUUUUUCAGAAACUGAAGCGUUCCAGAAUUUUCUACGGGAGCUGAAGAGUUCUGGAAACGUUUUAUGAACUGAAGAGUUCCAAAUAGAGAAACAAAUAGUUCUGGAACAUUUUCAGUACCUGAAGAGUUUUGGAAUCUUUUUCAGGAAUGUAAGAGUUCCAUAACUUUUUCAGUACCUGAAGAGUUCUGGAACCUUUUUCAGUAACUGAAGAGUUCUGGAACCUUUUUCAGGUGCUGAAGAAUUUCAGAAUGUUUUUCAGGAAUGUCAAGGUUCCAGAAUAUUUUUUCAGGAACUGAAGAGUUCCAGAACCUUUUUCAUGAACUAAAACAUUCUGGCAUCCUUUCCAGAUACUCAAGAGUUCCAGAACAUUGUUCAGGAACUAAAUAGUUCCAGAACUCUCCUGAUCGAGAAUUCCGCAGUUCCUGGAUGAGUCUCUAGCCUCAGCACAGACAAGGCUGAGUGCACGGUUAUGUUGUUCUUUACAGUUUUUUGUUGUUGUGUAAAUAUGAUGUUAACACUAAAAAAAAUACACUCUCAUCUCGCAGCAAACAUUCUACAUCUUCUGAAAUUCUUGUUUAAUGAGCAAAGUUUUAAAAUUGAUCAAUCAGUGAAGUAUAGUUGGCAAGCUCCUCCCAUAUAGUUCCUGGUUGAUUUAAAAAAAAAAAAAAAACACUAACAU